AUGAAACAUGAGAAGUAAAUGAAUGGAAAAAAACUUUAUAAUAAAUUUUAUCAUCAUAAUCAUCAUCUUAUAAUAAUCUUAGGAGAUGAUGAGAGUAGUUGAAGAAAAGAAAGAAAAGUUUCAGAGGAAAUCUUAUUUUUUGCUGUUUCGAAAAAGAAAAGGAUGAACUUCUCUAUUCGAAUUGAAAUAUUAACCUGAAUAUGAAAAAAAGUUCAUAAGUAAUUCUUUAAAUUCACCAUCGUCAAGUAAGAAUUAGUUGAUCCUCAUCAUUCUUAAUCUUCAUUAUCUUGAUAAUCUUUUCUAUUUACUCUGUUUAUCUCUUUCUCUCUUUACCAGUCAAUCUCUUUUCAUCAGAUUUACGCCAUUUCUUAUAUUCACAAGCCUUAAUUGUAUCAAUGGAAUUCAUCGUUUCAUUCAGAUUAUCUCAUUACCCAUGAUAAAAACAAUCUACAACUUGAGAGAUAAAUUUUCAAAUAAUCAGCUGAAAUCUGAUAUUCCAAGAAUUUAACCAAGAAAGAGAUCGAAUAAUAUUUUCUUGGAUAAGACCCAAAGACACACUAAUCUCUUAUCCCUUUUCUGUUUACUCUUCAAUCCUAAUCUCGUUUUCUGAACAAGUUGUUGAAAGAAUCGAUCAACUGAGCCAACCCUUGUAUCGGUCAAUCCAAUAAACAGUUAACUCGAAAAACAAAUUCCAAGUUAAUUAGCUCCAAUUGUACAUCAAGUAAAUUCGAAUAUUAAUCAAAUUAUAAUCGACGAUUAACCAGAGAGAGAACAAAAUCUUUACUUUUUUCGAACUUUACACUGGCGACAUCUACAUUUUCUUUUUCUUUUUGCACAGUCGUUGUUUCUCAUUUCGAGUUUCGAUAAUAUCUCAUUCCAUUUAUUUUCUCAUUUUAUUUUCUAUUCUCAUGGAUGCAACAACAAAUUCUGUUAAUAGUUAUCUCUUUUCAAUUUUUCUCUCGUGGUUUUAAAUGUUCUUCCAUCAAACUGAUUGGAAUUUAAUUGUUCCAAACAAAUUGAAUCUCACCGAUAACCUGAAACUCUUAUUUCUUCAAGUUUUCCUCUUAAUUCUCUUCAAUCAAUUCAUCAUCAUCUUCUUUUCAUCCAAUAUUAUCAUUAUUAUUCUUUCAUGGUGAUUAUGUAUCUAACCAUUUUCUCUUCACUUUCUUUUUCUUCUCUCUUCUCUUCAACCUCUCCCUUUGUUUUCACCCUCACAACCGCUAAUUUACAAAACUUCUACCAACAUCCUGGCUCAUCUUCUUCAUCUUCAUCUUCAUCCUCAUCCUCCUCAUCUUCAUCCUUAAUCUCACCACAUUCAAUUCCACAACGUGCCAAAUGUGACACUGCCCUGAGUAUUUGUUCCCGUGAUAUGAGAUGUGCGAUGGCCUUACAAGACUAUCGGACAUCAUGUUCCCACCUAUUGAACAAUAAAACUCGUACCUGUUCAGAAGCAUGUAAAUUGGCAUUAAUGUCACUCAAUAGUAUAACCGAAGGCUAUGAUUAUGUUAAUUGUGACUGUGGGGAUAAUGAAUUUUGCCGGAAAGUGCGUCGUCGUACCAGUGUUUGCCAUUCAAGGUACAAUAAUCACCAUUCAUCUGGUUCAUCAUCAUCAUCAUUAUCUCCUCAUGCAUCAGUAUAUGGAAUAGAUUCUGUUCCCUCAUCUUCCCCAGGUAACAACAAUAAAUUAGGUAAAGAAUCAUCAUCAUUAUCCUCAUCUGGAAAUCAUCAUCAUCACCACAGGUAUAAAGGUAAAGGUUUCUCAUCAUCAAUUCCAGGAGUAAUGUUAUGCUCCUCAGCGGAAACCCGUUGCCGUGAGGAUGAGGCCUGUUCAGAGGCCUGGGAAUUUGUUCAAGUUCAUUGUGAAAAAGUUUUCAUGGGCACCGAGUGUACCAAAGCUUGUAACAAUAGUUUAAAUAUCCUUUGGCGGCAAAAGGCCGCUUUUUACAUGGGAAAUUGUAUCUGUUCAGAAAAUUUACCUUCUCCCUCCUCAUCAUUAUCAUCUAGAGGUUCAACUCCUUAUGUAUUAUCUUUACCUCCAUAUUCAUCUUUAGGAUCUUCAUCUUCAUCUUCAUCUUCCUCUUCGUUAGCUGCAAAUACUUUUAAUGAGAUUAACUGUAAACGUCGUAAAGCCAACAUCAAACGCCUUUGUUUUGGUUAUUCAUCACCUUCAGCAUUAAGUGGAACCGCUUCUGGGUCAAAAUCAGUUCAUCAUAAUUCCCUCCUUUCAUCCUCACCAAUUAAUCAACUUGUUAUUAUAUUUUCCACUCUCAUCACCAUUAUUACCACCACAACCAUUAAUCUACCUGUUAAUUGGAUUCCCUUGUCCAUAUUAAUGAGCUUCUAUUCAAUUAGUUUUCUGAUAACGUGACAACAUGUAAAAUGAAUCAUUUCCUUGGAUAUAAACGUAAAUUUUAAUGAAUUUUUGUGAAUCAAUUGAUUGAAACUUUUCAAGAGAAAGAGAAGAAAAAAAAUUUACUUAUGUUCUGUACCAUCAUCAUCAUCAUCAUCAUC